AAAGUCUUUGGGGUUAGCCCUUUCUUUCCCUAGAGUUUGAGGAGGGGAGAUGGACUGUUUGCGUGUCGAUGUUUGUGCAGGUGAUAUUCUGAAGUACCUGUGAGUAUGAAUUCAGUCUUGGGCAGAGAGUGUCACAUGACCUGCUUCUCCCCGUAGAUAUGUGUAUGCUAAAUACCAUGAGAAGAGGAAAAAAAGAAAACUUCACAGAUAUGGCAUUUCAGUGAACACCUCUCAUGAAGAGAGGGGGCAAGAGGGAGGAAGUGAGGAGGCAGUGGCCACAGGAAUGGAGGGAGGAGGCAUUCAGCUGAAUGACCUGCAGUUCCGAGAAAGGAGUAGAGUCUGAGAAGGAACCAGGAUGUCUCAGGAAGGAACAUGAGGUUCCCCUGGAAAUCAUUCAAGAGAAAGAUGGAAGUAGGUGUUUAGAAGAAAUAAAAAGCUUCAGGCUGCAAAACUGGGGCCUGAAGGCUGGCAGUGGAAAACGCUGCUAAGCUGUGAUCUCUCACUGCAAAGUUCCAAGUGCCUUUUUGCUUCCUGCAGAAGAAAGGAAGAGAAGGAGAAGACCAUGUCCAUAGCCCUGAAGCAGGUGUUCAACAAGGACAAGACCUUUCGGCCCAAAAGGAAAUUUGAACCUGGCACACAGAGGUUUGAGCUCCACAAACGGGCCCAGGCAUCCCUCAACUCGGGGGUGGACCUGAAGGCAGCAGUGCAGCUGCCUAGUGGGGAAGAUCAAAAUGACUGGGUGGCUGUGCACGUGGUGGACUUCUUUAAUCGGAUCAAUCUCAUCUACGGCACCAUCUGUGAGUUCUGCACUGAGCGGACCUGCCCAGUAAUGUCAGGGGGCCCCAAAUAUGAGUAUCGGUGGCAGGAUGACCUCAAGUACAAGAAGCCGACUGCACUGCCAGCUCCCCAGUACAUGAACCUUCUUAUGGAUUGGAUCGAAGUCCAGAUCAACAAUGAGGACAUAUUUCCGACAUGCGUGGGUGUCCCAUUCCCAAAGAACUUUCUUCAAAUCUGCAAGAAGAUCCUGUGCCGCCUUUUUCGGGUCUUUGUCCACGUCUACAUCCACCACUUCGACCGGGUCAUUGUGAUGGGUGCAGAGGCCCAUGUCAACACCUGCUACAAACACUUCUAUUACUUUGUCACAGAGAUGAACCUCAUAGACCGCAAGGAGCUGGAGCCCUUGAAAGAGAUGACAACCAGGAUGUGUCACUAACUCUCCAGCUCACACUUCGAAGGAAGAGGAAUGCUUUUUCCUCACACAGUCCUGACCGGGCAAGAGGCCAACCUCCCUGGCUGAAAUGGCACACCUCCUGCCAGGAGCAGGAGAGCUGAAGACCAGUGGUGACCACUGGGUGACGUUUCCCACUCACUUCAUGUGCUCUUAACCCUCAAAGUGCUGCUAGCCAUGAUCUGUGUGCCAGGCAGACACAACGUGAAGGACAGACAAGGACCAUCCCCUGGGCCUUCCUGGCUGGGGAUCUUCCAGAAGGAAGCCACUGCACUUCCAAGUGUGUCACAGCUCUCCUGUGACUUGCCACCGAAGCUUUACUGGAAUUCAGGUUUUGAGACUGAGAUGCUGAUUUGUGCUGAUUUGUACUUUUCCACUCUAUGCUGUUAACCCGCUGACUUUUCUGUAAUUUGUUUUCUAAGUAACAAGUGAAUUUUGGAUUUCUGAAUGCGUAGCAAGUUUUUCUGUAACAAGCCUUGCUUUCCAGUUCCUUAAAGCUCUUGCUGUGAUCCUGUGGUUCAACAUGGUGCAGGGCUGUAGAGCUGUACCCCAGCGGCAGCACCAACACAAUUUCCCCAACACCAAAAAACCAAACCAAACCCAGUGCUGUCCAGUCGAUUCCAAGUCAUAGCGACCCUAUAGGGCUGAGUAGAACUGCCCCAUAGAGUUUCCAAGGAGCCGCUGGCAGAUUUGAACUGCUGACCCUUUGGUUAGCAGCCGUAGCACUUAACCACUACACCACCAGGGUUUAGUUUAAUUAGGGACCACUCCAUGGGGUGGUUUAUGCCUGCCCCAAGUAGGGUCUUCAGACUUUAACUACAGGGAAAAGACUGGUCCCUAGCAUAAGGCUCAGAAGUUACCAGUUUACCCUGAACAGAAUGUGGUUUUUAUAACCACCCUCAUCCCUUGUUCUUUCAUUCAAAAUAUUUUUUCCUGUUUCCCUGAAGAGAUAUCAUAAAAGAACAAGAAUGAUCAGCAGGAGCCCCGAGUCACGUAAGUGCGGUGUUCGUUCUUUUAAGAGUAGGGAGUCAUGGCCCUUUCUACAUAAUACUAAAAUUUCAGUGAAAAAGGAAACACAAUUGGUUAUUUGGUGCAUAUAGAUGAAACAAUGAACCCACUGACUUGGAACCUUCUCAACCAACCCUUUGGGCUUCUAACCCCAGCUGACGUGUUCUUCCUCCACGCUCUCUCCUCCUCCGCCAUAUUCUAUUAUGGCACGAAAUGAAUUUCUGCCUCUAUAAUUGUGCCACAGUUGCCAAGGCAACAGUGGAGCUGGAGCUAGCUUCCUUCUUCUACCCUUUCCAUGUUUUCUGUUCCAUUAGACAGUCAGAAUAACACGUUCUGUGCUAUAUCCUGCCUUUGAAACCUCAGUGAGUUUUGGUUGAUGAAAUGUUGCCUUCUCUGUUUCAUUGUGUUGAAAAGUGUGGUGGUCCCAACAGCCUGCGAUGGGGGUAAUGAUGCUUCAAGUGAUCAUUUGAAUUUAACAAAAUAUCAGUUGGUGGAGGGAAGUAGAUGAGAAUGUAUUAGUGCAUUUUGAUGUAAUAACUAUUAAAGAAUAACUAAACAACUCUGAUUUCGUCUUAUUAUACAUAAUGAGUUGAAGCCUUUCCUGGCUGCCAAGAAAGGCCUAGAAAGCAUGAAAUCUUUGUCCAAGCUCAGAAAGGGCUGACUGUGUGCAUAGUGGCAUUCUACACUGACCUAACGAAGCAGACCAUCCCUUGCUUCGGAUCUCACAAAGGUUGUCUCCUGGAAUCCAAUGCUGCUACUUUUCUCCAUGUCGUUGGACUCUGGCCAUCAACAAACAUGUUUCCUUUCUUGCUUCCUAAGUAACUUUGAGAUGACAAGACAGGCAGAUUUUUCUCAGCAUCACUUUUGGCUGAAAGAAUAUUUGACUGUCCUAAGGAUCCUGAGAACAGAGAAACAAGAGCCCUAAUCCCCAACCUGUGCAAUACAGCAGUACCACGUGGGACUGUAGGACAGUGGGACAGAGAAAUGAUGACAUGGUGCCUUGGUCCUAGGAGGAACUGUGUGCCACGCAAAACCAACCACAGGCCUUUUGCAUUAAAAAGUUGACUUUGUUCCUGCAUUUCAAUAAUGCCUCAUCAAGUAGGAGGCUGGAAUCUGAAGACAUUUGUUUUUCCUUCUUAUUAAGGUUAUUUUCUAUUAACUGUGUGUAUGAAAUUGCCACUCAAUUUAAAAAUCCAAAUUUUUUUUAAACUUCUUGGAACAGUUUCCUCCUGGUUAUGUUGCUAAUUGCACUCAUCAACUCUUCUAGGGCAAAUUCUGGCAAACUGCUCUCAUUUUUUAAUUACAGGGUAUUCCUGUUCCCACAGAACUUUAUUUGGCAAAUUCUAAAGAAAAUCGUUACAGGUGAUUUUUAUGUCUUUGGCCUGACUGCAUCCUUGUAGCUGCAUCUCUUCUUGCAAAUGAAGGCCCUAAGCUCCCUGCAGCCCUGCCGGCACCUCCAGCCCUCUGGAUCCCAGACAGACUGCGUCUUUCUCCUAACUCAGCUGCUCUGCCGGAGCAGCCCCAUACCCCUCUCUUCCCCUUCUUUUUCCACUAUUUUUUCUAUUUCGAGAAAUUUCAAAACUGACAUUUCAAAGUUGAAAGAUUGCAAUGAACACCUUUUGCCUUAAACGCACCAGUUGCUAACAUUUUCUACACUUUUCUUUCUCUCUCUGUAAACAGACACUUUUAUUGCUGAACUAUUUAAAAUAAGUUGUAGACAUUAUGAAACUUUGAAAUACUUCAAAUUUCUCUUAAAAAUAAGAUCGUUUUCCUACGAAUCUGCCAUAUCAUUUUCACACUUAAGAAAUUAACCAUCUUCACUUUUUUUUUUUACUCUCUAUAUCUAAUAUGGAGCCCUGAUGGCAUAGUGCUUAAGAGCUUGGAUGCUGACCAAAAGUCAGCAGUUCAAAUCUACCACCCACUCCUUGGGAACCCUAUGGGGCAGUUCUACUCUCUCCUAUAGGGUCACUGUGAGUUGAAACUGACUCAACGGCACCAAACAACAGUAACUUAUGAUCCACACGCAAAUUUCCAAAGUGUCCCAAAAAUGUUUGUUAUAGCUCUUUUUUUUUUUUUUUUUUAUCCAGGAUGCAAUCAAGAUUACACGUUGCAUUUAGUUGUCAAUACCUUUACUUUCCUUUAAUCUAUCUGAGUUUCUUAGUCAGUGUGUGUGUGAUGUGUAUGUGUAUGUGGUGUGUGUCUUUCAUGACACUGACAUUAAUAAAGGGUUCAGGACAGUUUGUUUGUCGAAUGUCCCACAGUCUUGAUUUGUCUUUUCCCAACUGAUUCCUAGUUAUUAAAUUCAGGUUACAAGACUUUUGGGGAAGAAUUCUACAUAAAUGAUAUUGUUUCAUCCUAUUGCAUCACAACAGGAGGUACGUAAUGUCAAUUUGUCUCUUUUGUGAUGUUAAGGUUUAUCAGUGGGUCCAGGUACUAUUUGCCUGAUCCGUUCAUUAUAAAGCUCCUUCUUGGCUAUAAAGCUCCGAGGUUCAGUACACAUGACAUUUUAUAGACUGCGAGGCUGUACAUAGGUACGUUCCUUUCUUACUAUUCUCAAAGAGGUCCAGCAUCUGCCCCCUCUCCCCGACAAAUUAAAACCAUUGCUUGAGUGAUAUUAGCAGUAACUAAGAGUUCAUACCUUUCCAUUUAGCAAAGGAAAGGUGAAACCGGAAGAUUCCCUGUGCAGGCAAUAUAUGAGUGUAUGUGGCUAUAAGAAUUUUUAUGAUCCCUGGAGCCAGACUUGAAAUAUAUAUAAUCUUUUUUUUUUUUUUUUAAUUUUGGGCUCGCAUCCUCAGUGACCUCACAUGCAGACCCAUGGUUUUUUUAAUUGAGGGCAUGAAUUCUCAAUGGGUUGAUUGCCCAAGGGGGCAAAAAUUGGUUCUUGGGGGAGGUAUUAAAAAAAUCUUAGAUAUAACAAUGGUUUGCGGCCUUCCAAUGGGCCACAGUACACAGCAGAUACAAAGUAUAUGUAUGGUAUUAAAAGUUCAUGGGAAUUGGGUUGGCUGGGGGACUAUUAGUAUAAAGUGUCUAAAAAGGCUCCUAAAAAAAAAAAUCUGUUACCAUUGAGUCGAUUCCAACUCAUAGCGACUCUAUAGGACAGAGUAGAACUGACACAUAGGCUUUCUAAGGAACGGCUCAUGGAUUCGAACUGCUGACAUUUUGGUUAGCAGCUGUGCUCUUAACCACUGCACCACCAGGGCUCCAAAAAUCUUGUAGGAGACCCAUAAUAGGAGAAUAAAUAAAUAAGUUGAGAAAUACUAGACUCACUUUCUGUUCCUUAGGUUGUUUAUUUUCUCUUCCUGGGAUGUUUUCUCAAUGGUCAGAGCCCACAGUCUCCGAGUCAGGAGGGGUGGAAGCAACUUGCAGAGAUUUCUGUCCUCCUACCCUCUUAGAUCAUAUCAGCAGCAUUCCAAGUGAAAAACCUGUUCUCACACAGACCUUUCGGCAAGAAAUUCUGUAGCAUCCUUUGGUGUAACCCACUGAACACUCCACAACAUCUGAAAUCCUUCCAUUCAACACAAGCCCAACUAUUAUCUUUGAGUUUCAGCACAUCUUUUUUAGUGUUCCAUGUUAGGAAAGAUCCUAAGAUUAUAUAGGUUAAGUAGAAAUACAAAUAUUUAUCAAAUAUAAAUAAGAGCUUUACCUGAACAUCCAUUAAAUAUGCGAAGACUAUUACCAUUUGACCUUCAGCCUCCUUCCUUCAGAGUUCUUCUACCUGUAGCAUUCUCUUGGAAGUCUUGUUGUCCAUUGUUAACCAUUUCUGAAACUCACCUUGAAACCUUCCCAAAGCUCUCCAUGUCACCCUGCAUUAUGGACGUGGCAGCAGUGAACGUAAUAAGAAAUUAUUUCAUGCUUUCUCCAAACUCUAUAGUGUCUUUGCUAAGUCCUGACUUGCUUUUUACAUAUUUAUAGAUUUUCUUUUCUAUUUUAUUUGCCUACACAAAAUUCUUAUCUGAAUUAUAUUCAACCAUUCUGGUUUCCCUUCCUGGGUUUCCUCCAUUCCUACCUUAACACUCUUUCUAGAUUAUUACACUGGUGGGGUGUGUGUGUGUGUGUGUGUGUGUGUGUGUGUGUGUAUUCUAAGUUACCCCCUUCCUUUGGCAAAGCAUUAAGGCACUUGGAUUGAAUUAUUCUCAUUGUUCUAUGGUAAUUUAUGCUGAUCCAUCAUUCUGGUCAUUGAUGGAAGCACAGCCCUUCUUAUUGUCUUUGACCCUCUGUCCCUUCUACACCCCAUGGGUACCACACUGUGAGAAAAUAAAUAUCAUAGGAAAAGUAUGAACAUGCCUUCAGAUAUGUGUGCAAAGACAUGAUCCCAAAGGGAGUUGGAAGUGUCAUUUGGAUAAUACUGUUUUCAUUCUCAGUUUUAUAUUUUUGGUCUUGAAAUAAGUGAUUCUUUUUUAGAAUUAGCCAAAUAAAGUGUAUUUUUUAAAUAGUGAUGUUUUUCCUCCUGUUUUAAAAAAAUACAUACUGACAAAAAACCUUUGUAAUAGGCCAUGUCCCUCUGGGCAGGUAUUAAGAAAUUUUCAAUGAGUAAAUAAGGAUUUUUAUAACUUUUAGAGGGAAGAGUCCAUUUCUAAUCAAGCAUUUAAGCUCUUUGACUAGCUUUUAGUGUUCUGACUUGAAAGUUUUUCAGUAUCUUUUUUAAUUGCAUCAGAAAUAAUGUUUGCUCUAUUUUAGUUCCAUUUGUGCUAAAAUUAAGGGUUUCACUGUAAGAAAAACAGACUAAUGUAAUUAAAUCAAUUAGAAAAACAAUUGAAGGAUAUUUAUGAAAUCAGGUCUGUGUGAGUUUAGGAGAACAAAUGUCACAAAUAAAAGAUAUAAUAUCAUCUAUGCUCUCUUUUUUUUAAUAGUCUAUUUCUUUAAUGAAUAUGUUCUUCAUCUUGCAAUGGUUCUGGAAGAGGUAAAUAAAAGAAAACUGUGAAUUCUACAUAAAAUAAUUCGAUGUUCAUUUGAAAACACACAUGCACGUAUUUUCGUUUUAGCUGAAGUUCCUUUAACCUACGACAGAAUUUCCCAGGAGGGUAGAAUGCAUAUACCGUGUUUUCACGCAAAUAAUGCGCACCUUCUGUUUGCUUGCCAAACACGCCCUCCCCC